UCAUGGCGCGCAGAGGGGCCUGCCGCGUCCCGGAUCGGUGGACAGCCUACACCCCGCUGGGCCGCAGGAUGCCGGGCACGCGCUUCGUGGCCUUCAAGGUGCCCCUGAAGAAGAGCAGGAGCCUCUCCCCACCCCCAGGUUUUAACAACUGCUCCAAACCAUCAUUUCCUGCAGUGCUUUGAGCAGAACCUUCUGCCACGGCAGAGAUUUUCCCCUCACGACCUCAUCAGGAAGGUGCGGGAGAGGAAGGAGGAGUUGGGGCUGAUCAUCGACCUCACCUACACCACGCGCUACUACGGCCCCGAGGAGCUGCCCCCCACGCUGUGCUACUCAAAGAUCCUGACCAUGGGCCACGAGAUCCCCAGCACAAAAACCUUCCUGAAGUUCAGCUGCCUGGUGAGAGACUUCCUGAUGGCCAACAAAGACAACGAUAAACUCAUCGGGGUGCACUGCACACAUGGCCUGAACAGGACUGGCUACCUGGUCUGCAGGUACCUGAUUGAUGUUGAAGGCAUGGAGCCAAAUGCUGCCAUAGAGUUGUUCAACACGUCCCGAGGGCACCGCAUAGAGAGAGCCAACUACAUCAAGGACCUGCAGAGGAGAGCCCAGAGCAGCUGUGAGCUGAAGAAUCCGGGCUCAGAUCUCAGGAAGCAGGGCAGUGGCCCAGGCAAGCCCCAGGAGCACCCCCAGCCCCCCCUGGCAGUGCCCAGGAGCAGCAGCAGUGCCAGGCAGAGGCAGGGACAGCAGAAAAAGCUGGAGCAUCAGGAACAGAAUCAUGUGGAGACAGAGCAUCUGGAACAGAGGAAACACAAAAAGCUGGAGCAUCAGGAACAGAAUCAUGUGGAGAUGGAGCAUCUGGAACAGAGGAAACACAAAAAGCUGGAGCAUCAGGAGCAGAGGAAGAAGAAAAAGCAGAAUCCUCUGGAGACAGAACAUCUGGAGGAAAGGAAGCAGAAGAAGCAGAGGCAGCAGGAUCAUGUGGAGAUGGAGCAGCUGGAGCAGAGGCAGCAGAAAAAGCUGGAACAUCAGGAGAAGAAUCAUCUAGAGAUGGAGCAGCAGCAGCAAAGGAAGCAGAAGAAGCUGAAAUAUCUGGAGCAGAAUCAUCUGGAGCAGAGGAAGCAGAAAAAGCAGAAUCAUCAGGAACAGAAUCAGCUGGAGCAGAGGAAGCAGGAAAAGUUUGAGCAGAGGAAGCAGAAAAAACUGGAGCAUCUGGAGCAGGAACAUCUGGAAAUGGAGCAGCAGGAGCAGAGGAAGCAGAAAAAGCUGAAACGUCUGGAACAGAAUAAUCUGGAGACAGAGCAUCUGGAGCAGAAGAAGCAGAAAAAGCUGGAACAUCUGGAGCAGAAUAAUCUGGAGCAAAAUCACCUGGAGCAGAGGAAGCAGAAAAAACUGGAGCAGCAGGAGCAGAGGAAGCAGAAUCAUCAGGAGCAGAAUCACCUGGAAAUAGAGCAGCAGGAGCAGAGGAAGCAGAAAAAACUGGGACAUCUGGAGCAGAAGAAGCAGAAAAAGCAGAAUCAUCUGGAGGAGAGGAAGCAGGAAAAGCUGGAACAUCAGGAACAGAAUCAUCUGGAAAUAGAGCAGCAGGAGCAGAGGAAGCAGAAAAAACUGGAGCUUCAGGAGCAGAAUCAUCCGGAGGAGAGGAAGCAGAAGAAACAGAAACAUCUGGAGCAGGAAAAGCAGAAUUAUCUGGAGAUGGAACAUCAGGAGCAGAGGAAGCAGAAAAAGCUGAAACAUCUGGAGCUGGAGCAUCUGGAGACAGAGCAUCAGGAGCAGAGGAAGCAGAAGAAACAGAAACAUCUGGAGCAGGAAAAGCAGAAUCAUCUGGAGCAGAAUAAUCUGGAAAUGGAACAUCAGGAACAGAAAAAACAGAAGAAACAGAAACAUCUGGAGCAGGAAAAGCAGAAUCAUCUGGAGCAGAAUCAUCUGGAAAUAGAGCAGCGGGAGAAGAGGAAACAGAAGAAACAGAAACAUCUGGAGCAGGAUCAGCAGAAUCAUCUGGAGAUGGAACAUCAGGAACAGAAAAAACAGAAGAAACAGAAACAUCUGGAGCAGGAAAAGCAGAAUCAUCUGGAGCAGAAUCAUGUGGAAAUAGAGCAUCAGGAGCAGAGGAAGCAGAAAAAGCUGAAACAUCAGGAACAGAAUCCUGUGGAGCAGAGGCAGCAGAAGAAGCAGAAACAUCUGGAGCUGGAACAUCAGGAGCAGAGGCAGCAGAAGAAGCAGAAACAUCUGGAGCUGGAACAUCAGGAGCAGAGGCAGCAGAAGAAGCAGAAACAUCUGGAGCUGGAACAUCAGGAGCAGAAGCACCUGGAGCAGAGCUGCCAGGAGCAGGGGGCCCUGGAGCUGCCCCCCAGGAACUGCUGCCUCUCCCCACCCCCCAAGAAGAAGAAGAAGCAGCAGCAGGAGCUGUUCCCCCCCAGGAAACCCCAGCAGGACACGUCCUGACCAGGAGAACCCUGCAGGGAGCAGCAGGAGCUGCCCAGCAGCUGGACAGGGCUUCAAUCUGAUUUUUAAUCUGAUUUUUCAUCUGGUUUUUCAUCUGGUUUUUCUCACUGCCCACAGCUCUGGUGCUUUUCCACCAGGAGAACCCUGCAGGGAGCAGCAGGAGCUGCCAGGCAGCAGGUUUUUAAGAAAUCAGGGCUGGUUUGAAUCUGGUUUUUCUCCCAGCUCUGGUGCUUUUACAGGAAUUUUUAAUUCUGGUGCUUUUACAGGGAUUUUUAACUCCGGGGAUGCUGAAUAACCCCACAGGAACACCCUCAGCUGGCCCUGGGCCUGCAACAAAACCGGCUUUUGUUGAUCUCCUCAGGGCACAGCGAGGAAAGGACUGGCCUUGCAAACUGCGAUUUUUAUCCUUUUUUACCCGUUUUUGCUAUUGGGUAAAAUCAGAGACGUUUUUUACCCGAGUAAAAAAUUUCUACUUUUGCUAAAGUAAAUUUCCACGCUGUGCAAACUCCA